AUGGCAGAGACCGUGUUAAAUUCCAAGAAUAUUAUGAUCUCUCUUGGGAACCCAAGCGUUCUUCGUCGGUACUACGAAAAGGUUUUCGAAAAUCUGCUACAGACGAAUUGCAGGAUUCUUGCAAAAGUUCCUGAUGAGACUAAGCCGCCAUGGUGGCCGCUUGAAGUGCGACAUCGAGAGCCAGAUCAUCUGUACAAAGCCGAACGAAUCGAGCUGCUCAUUCAUAUUCUUUGUGAAUUACGCGCCAGCCACGGAGUCACUGCGCGCAGAUUGAGAGCGGCAGAUGAGAUCAUCCGACGACAGAUAUGUCCAACCGAUCGAAUAAAUCUACUUGAUGAACUAUACUACGUGCGAGAGAAUGAAGAGAAACUUCUCGAUGGUACUCACAGCGUGAAUGCGAGAGUUUCAAUUUCGCGGGACAACGUGCCGAACGACUUGGAACUUACCAUCAUUCAAAAUCCCAUUUGCGUAAGAAGCUCCCCACGCAGCCAGAUGUCUGAAGCACAGCCGAUACCUCAAGAUCCUCUCAUGCUCAGCGGGCCAAUCCGAGAGGUUGCACACAUUGUGCCACUCGAUUCUGGGGCGCCUGAUAGCGAAACAACACGGUCUCCUCACCAG